UUCUGCUGGAGGCUCUGGUCAGGAUCCUCAGCUGCUGUGGAGCGACGGCCAUGAAGAAACUGAACCUGAGACGUGAUCACAUUUGUGCCUUUUGACUCCAGUGGAAAGACUCAAGAGCAGCGUUUUUCCUUAUUUACUAAAGCAGUGACAUCUAUUGAUUUGGUGAUGAGAGUUUUUAACCAUGAGACACAAGUCUCGCUCCAGUCUUGCAGCUGUCCUCAUCCGCUCCGUCUCUUCAGUUGUCCGGCUGGAUGCGCCACUUUAGUUCCGCGAGCAACGGACGCGUUCCCGUCAUUGAGUUGCAUAUAAACACGCGUGACCAGCGCUCGCGGUGAUCGUCCUGCAUGCAGUUGUGUUUGCAGCCACAGGGGGCGCUGCAAGAGGACGACUGACUGGAGCAUCCUGCCGGGAUUAACGUGGUCACCUUCUUCUUGUGAGGUAAACCAGAAGGAAGCCAUGAGUCAACUGUCCGAUAUGAUCGAAGCUCUGUUCCACCAAGGUCAGUUUGAUGCACCUGAUCAGGAGCUGGUGGUGGUGAGCCAGUCCUGCUCAGUGGAGACCAGGGAGCCUGGUGACAUGGACCUUCAGCCCUUCACAGAGGAAGUUGCCCCCCGCCAGCCACGGCCGCUCCUCUCUUCAGCCGCUCCUCCGUCGCUCCCUGAAGCAGGUCACUUCUCCACCUCCAACGCAGACGGCGGUCAGAGGGAGGCACGUGGAGCCACGCAGGAGAACAUGGACCCUGUUCACAAGCGUCGUCUGCGUCUCGCCGCUCGCCUCCCUCCCCAGAGUCAAGCUUUAAAAGACAGCAACAAGAAGCUCACAGCAAACAAAGCAGACCAAGGUUGUUGUGUUCAUCCUGGCCCUCAGACGACUGGGCUGAGUCUUCGGAAGGAGAGACACAACAAGAAGGAGAGGCAGCGCAGGGUGAUCAUCCGUUCGUGUUGCGACAAACUCAAUCUCCUGGUGCCGUUCUGUACCAAGUUUUCCGACAAAGCCACGACUCUGAAGUGGACCACAGCUUACCUGGAGCACCUGCAAGACACCUACGGAGACGCGCUCAGAAAGGAGUUUGAGACGAUCUUCGAUGAGAGUGUGGACCCCACUGAGAGAUCCACGCUGUGAGCGACACUCACCCUUGUUCCUCCUGCCGCCGAUCACUCGGCUUUCAAUCGAAGCACAUUCACUUUGUUGAGAUUUUGUUCUGAUCAAUUGUCAAACGUUUCUUGAGUCAGUUUUCAGUUCAUUAAUAUCUCUGUCCUUUAAACGUAUUUGUUCCUUGUAUGAGUUUAGUGAGCUGCUCAAAACGACCCUCAACUCACGCGUGCAUGAAUUGGUGCGUGUGACUCCCCCUAGUGGUCAUCAGUAAACAUGGCAGUUGGAUGAACUUGGACCUGUGUUGGAAUGUUGUUCACAGCUGGAGAAAAGAGGAAUGUUUUCCUGAAAA